AUGAACCGCGAACCUGUUCCCUCGUCCUUUGAGGACAACCCUCAAUUCAAGGAGGAGACUGGCGCCCAGAAAUUUACCAGACGCCUGAAGGAAGAGCCUCUGAUUCCACUUGGAUGCGCCGCAACAUGUUACGCCCUCUACCGAGCCUACCGAUCCAUGCGAGCUGGCGACUCUGCCGAAAUGAACCGCAUGUUCCGCGCCCGUAUCUACGCCCAAGCCUUCACACUAGUCGCCCUCGUCGCGGGAGGAAUGUACUUCAAGACGGAGCGCCAGCAGCGUCGGGAAUUCGAGCAGGCGGUGGAAGAGCGCAAGGCACAAGAGAAGCGCGACGCAUGGCUUCGGGAGCUGGAAAUCCGUGACAAGGAGGACCGCGAGUGGCGAGAGCGUCAUGCGGCUAUUGAGGCGGCGGCGAAGGAGGCAGGACAGAGGCCGUCUUCACAGGAGCCGGAUGCCGCUCGGUCAGCUAUUGAGCCGGCGGAUGAAAAGUCGAUCGGGGUGAUGGAUGCCGUGCGGGCCUUGCUGUCAAGAGCCAGCUAA